UUGACCUACUUGGGACUCCCAUAAUUACUGCCCUCAUUCCUCGGGAAGCUACAAAUAGGGAUGCCCUGGCACUAGGCUUCUGGAACGGAAACGCCAACACCUGUGUGAGGAUGACGCGGCCCCUGGAGCAGGCAGUAGCUGCCAUCGUGUGCACCUUCCAGGAAUAUGCAGGGCGCUGCGGGGACAAGUACAAGCUCUGUCAGUCGGAGCUCAAGGAGCUGCUGCAGAAGGAGAUGCCCACCUGGGCCCCGACUGAGUUUCGGGAGUGCGACUACAAUAAAUUCAUGAGUGUCCUGGACACCAACAAGGACUGCGAGGUGGACUUCGCCGAGUACGUGCGCUCGCUGGCCUGCCUCUGUCUCUACUGCCACGAGUACUUCAAGGACUGCCGCCCAGAGCCCCCCUGUGCUGAGUAGCCUCCCCGCCCCGGGGCUGGCCAUGGGCAGUCUCCCACGCCCUGCCUGUCCUUCCUCCUGUCACUCUUUCAAUCUGGAAUUGCCCAGGUUCACCCAUUUUACCCGCAAGGCUCAGAGACCUUCCCAGGAUGCCCAGAUGCCCAGCUGGCGAGGUGGGGGGGGCAGCUAUCAACCCCCGCUGCCUCCCUGCUGUGGACGGGAGGGGUGGGCUCUGAGGCCAGGCCCAGCAGGGUGUGCAUAGACGAUGCCAGGAGGGAAGGGCCUGUCUAACCCUAAUAAAGCACUGGUGUCAGCCUGGUCGGUUGAUUCUUCUG